AUUAGCCAUAUUUUGCCGACUUAUUGGUAAAUUCUAUCCGUUUACAAGAUGUGAUGCAGAGCUAGCCGCUAGCUGGUAAUAGCCUGAGAGAUUUGUGUUACAGCAUUCUGUAGACUAUUUCUGUGUAAUUUGGUCACUAAUUUCUGUCAUUUAUAUACAUUGCACACUGAAUGCUUAUAGCUAGUGAGUGUCUGUCAUUCAUAUGUUGCACAGUUUGAAUGCUUAUUCAGUGCCGUUGAUUGAUGACUGUUAGCUCAUUAAGCUUUCAUAAUCAGUCUGGAGCUCUGUAUUCUAGCUGUUAUAUGGUUAGAUGUAUAUGUCUAGCUCAGGUUUGUCCUUUGUCUUCAAGCUGGAAUUUAUGUUGCUAAUCAGUCUGUAUUGUUGUGCUUUAUGUUACAGUAAACCACACACACACACCUAUAGAUAAACAGACUGAACUUUACAUCUGGACUCUGCCUUUUAUUUCUACACACUCAUCUGAACAUUAAAGGAGUGUCCUGACCCGACACCCUGAAGCGAUUGCUGCCACCCAAGAUCCAUACACGCUGUCUGUCAUACAACUAUCACCAAUUCAGUAUCUGACCAAAUGUCUCCCCUUCUGUUCCUGAGAUAAGGUGUUGAGUAAAGGCCAGAAGUGUUUUUACAGAACAUUAUGAUGUCACAAUGAAGCUGACCUUUGACCUUUUAGAUAUAAAAAGUCAUCACUUCGUUCUAUUAUUCUAUUAGACAUUUGUGUAAAAUCUUUGGGGAAAGAAGUCUUGAGUUAUGGCCAAAAACAUAUUUUGUGAGGUCACAGCGACCUUGACCUUUAACCACCAAAUGCUAAUGAGUUCAUUCUUGAGUCCAGUUGGAUAUUCGUGCCAAAUCAGAAGAAAUUUCCUGAGGACCUUCUUGUGAUAUUGCAUUCAUGAGAAUGAGAUGGACACGAGAUCACAGUGACCUUUGACCACAAAAUUCUAAUUAGUUAUUUUUUGAGUCCAAGUGGACGUUUGUGCCAAAUUUGAAGAAAUUUCCUAAAGGCUUUUUUGAGAUAUUGUGUUCAUGAGAAUGGGAUGCAUGGACAACCCAUAAGGCUGCUUCACACAGUGCAGGGCAGAGUUUAAUGAAGAAAAUGAAUGAUACCUUUUUUUAUUAUUAUUUUGCACUGUAUAUUGGUGAAAAAGUUUGCAUGUUCUCCCUGUGUUUGCAAGGGCUUUAUUCUCUAAAGACAUCCAGGUCAGGUGAGCUGGAACUUCUAUAUUGACCAUGAAUGACAUUGUGUACAGUACAAUGAAUGUCUGUCUGCCAACACCAUGUUAGUGCUGUGACAGGCCAGUAAUAACACCUGUGAGUGUACCCUGCCUCUUACGUGAUGCAUGCUUGAAUACACACCUUCCAUCCAUCAUCACCAGUGGGAUAAGGUACACAAAACUAAUGGAUCUUCAUAUAUAAGUGUGACAUUUUUUGACUAUCUUGAGUUAAAUACACAUUGCUGGCCUCAUGAAAUAGUGGCUCUGCCACUGCGAGGCACAGACAGCCCUGGGAGAUGAGCACUGCUUUUACAAGCACAGACAAGCACAGAUGUGGCAGAUACAUAUUGCCAGCAGCCAAUGUUGCUCGCAAGACAGGUUUAUGUCUCAACUACUACUGUGAAAAUAAAAGUCAAGAGGUUUUGAACAAGUCAGGGCAGCAUGAACUGAUGAAUGAAAUGGAAGCUACUUGUUUUCUUUCAUGCAGAGACAAUGCUCUUAUAUAAUCUCUCUCCCUCCCUCUGCCUCCACUGUUUGUCUAUACCCACAUGUCCGCCCACAUACUGUACGCAGCUCUGGCAACUAAAAUCUUAUGUUACAUUACGUGCGGCAGGUUAAGUCUCAUGUUCCUUUAAGAAAUGCCACCACAGGUGGAGUUUCAUAAAGAAACACCCCAUAAUGAUAGCAGUACCCUGAGGUGUUUGCAGGCCAAAUAAGAACUGAAGCUUUCUCUCUAGUGCUUGUUGUUCCACCCAGACUUGGCACUUUCCCUUUCUGGCUGGUGAGAGUUCACACACUGCAACAAUGCCUGCACCGGGUGUGUGUAUGAACAUCGUCAAUGCCCGUCAUAUGAAAGACGGCCGAGGGACCCACGACAACCCUGAGUGGUUUCUCAACCAAGACUUUGAGCAGCUGAAACAGUACUGUCUCUUCAAACGGCUGAGGUACAUUGACGACAUGUUCCCCCCUGACAGAAGGUCCAUUGGUGAAGGGAUACUGAGUCCUUCUGACCUGAAGCAAGUGGUGUGGCUGAGACCAGCAAAAAUUGUUCCCAAUCCAUAUUUUGACGUUGAUGGGAUCUCCAGGUUUGACUUUGGUCAAGGCAUGGUUGGUAACUGCUGGUUUCUUGCAUCUAUCGGAGCUCUAACUUUCCAGACUGACAUCCUUCAGCAAGUUGUUCCUCUCGAUCAAAAAUUUGAUGAGAACUACUGCGGGCUGUUCCACUUCAGGUUCUGGAGAUUUGGAAGAUGGGUGGAUGUUGUCAUUGAUGACAAGCUACCAACAGUUGAUGGCAGACUUAUCUUUGUUAGGUCCAAAAACCCAGCUGAGUUCUGGCCUGCUCUGCUGGAGAAAGCCUAUGCCAAAGUGUGUGGUUCCUAUGCGGACAUGAGUGCUGGAACUCCUGCUGAGGCUUUGACGGACUUCACCGGUGGUGUUCACAUGUGUAUCGAUCUGCCAAACCCUCCCCCAGACCUGUGGGAACUGAUGUUUAGAGCUGGCAAAUCCAAGUCACUGAUGGGUUGUGGUACACCACAGGGGGAGACAUCUGCCAACACUGUGUUACCGAAUGGACUGGUCCAAGGACAUGCCUACACUGUUACGGGUUUGAAACAGAUGAUGAGCCGAGGGCAACUGGUGAACCUGGUGCGCCUGUGGAACCCCUGGGGCGGAGGGGAGUGGAAAGGAGACUGGAGUGAUGGGUCGCCUUUAUGGCAAACUGUGAGUCCUGAGGAUCGUGAGAUGUGCCUUGCAAUGAUUGACGAUGGGGAGUUUUGGAUGACCCUGGAAACCUUCACUAAGACCUUCUCCGAUCUUGACAUCUGCUGCCUGUGUCCUGACUUCAUUGAUGGAAGCUCUUCUUGCCACUGGAAGACCUCUUUCUACGAGGGCAGAUGGGUUGCAGGAAGGACUGCUGGAGGAUGCAUGAACAACCUCGACAGUUUUUGGACUAAUCCACAGUAUCGGGUCAGGAUUGAGGAAUUGCUUGAAGAAUGUUCUGAGGGACAUGAAGAGAAAAACAUGCUGGUGUCUCUCAUGCAAAAGCCUGACAAGAGAAACAGGUGCCUGGUCAAAAGUCUCCACAUUGGAUUCUCUGUGUUUGAGGUGACUGAAGAAUACAAGGCACAGAGGGGGAAGUUCGACGCCUCUUUCUUCAGCAAAAAUAACCCUGUAGCCCAAACGAAAACCUACAUGAAUGCACGUGAAGUGAUGGAGUUCCUUUUGCUCAAGCCUGGCGAGUACCUGAUUGUGCCGUCCACCUUCAGUCCAAAUGAGACAGCCUCCUUCAUCCUGACCAUCCUCUCCAAGUCAGAGACACAUGUCCAUGAGAAUUCUGGUGCCCAUGACCAUGAAAAUGAGGAAGCUGAAGAGCCCAUGCAUAUUGAAAAUGGAGAGGAUAUCGAAGAUAAGAGGAUGUUGUUCUGCCAAUACUGUGACAAGGAUGAAGAAGUGAAUGCUGAGCAGCUCCAGAAGCUUCUAAAUGAAAACUUCCUGAAAGGAGACUUGCAAUCCAGAGGCUUCAGCACUGACGCCUGUCGCAGCAUGGUUGCUCUGAUGGAUACAUCAAGUAGGCCCUCCGGCAAACUGGACGUUGACGAAUUUGUUCGUCUGUGGAACAAGAUCGUCACAUACAAGGACAUUUUCUUCCGCAUUGAUGUUUCACAAACAGGAACACUGUCACUGAGUGAGCUGAGGAAUGCUAGCAUUGCUGCAGGAAAGAGGAUCAGUGAUAACAUGCUGAACUUGAUGGCUCUGCGCUACGGUGCCUCCUCAGGACACAUGUCGCUGGAGAGCUUUAUCAGUCUCAUCCUUCGCUUCGACUGCAUGAGUGCAAUCUACAGGCAGUUGUCCGAUGGAAUGAACAUAAGCCUUCGUGAACCAGAGUGGAUGUACCUUACGAUGUACACUUAGCCUGGCAGAGAGGAUGAACUGCAGGAUUUAUUUGGAAUUACAGCAGCAGAAUAUGUAAAAGAAAAUAAAUGUGUGUUCUUGUGGAGAUGAGCUAUUAUAUGGUAUGAAAC